AUGUUCAAACUUUUGAUUGGAGCCGCUCUCGUGUUGGCGACAGUCGCAGCUCCGAACUGCUCGGCCGAAGAUAACAAACUGUUGGACAAAUGCAAUGCGACGAUGGAAUUAUUCCAAAAAGAAUGGGACAAAUACAAUGAAGAAGACAGUGAGUAUGACGCUGAGGUGAUGAAGAAAUUGUUCGCAAAAUGUGAAGAUGCUGUGGAAUGUUUGAAACCUGGAAAUUGCCCGUUCAUCACGGAAACCAUUCGAGUUUACAACGAGAACUGUCUUGUUGCCAAUAUCAUGUCUGGAGUUCUAUUCCAAUGCUCUCAAAAGCUUGAUAAUUUGGUAAAACCCGACAAUUUAUGUGAUGGUAUCUUCAGUAUUGACAAAUAUAGUAUGCCGCCAAAAGAACGCUGUGAUUUUAUUGCCGAACGCAGGUCGUGCAUUCUCCAAUACUACGAAGACGUAUGUGGGCCGGAAGUUCGCCAGGAGCUUGACGUAUAA